GUUCUUCGUUAUUACUAUUCCUUUUGUCUCACACCUUUGUUUACUGUCUCUUAUAUGUAUUUCUUCUACUUUCUUCUCUUUCUUUGUGUACUACAUGGAGGGAAUGUGGUGACUUGAACUGGUGCACAUCGGUGCUAAGCUCUGUGUCGAAAACAGACAGACAGAACUUGUGCGAUUCGCUUCAUAACAAACGGUUGUUUUGUUGGUCAAACAUGGCUGGAAGUAGAUGGCCAGCAGCAAUGGCUCCUGCUGGCAGAGUUGGAAAUUCCUCUCGAGCGAAACAAGUUAUUUUUGAACCAACAUUCUCCAAAAUGGAAAAAGAAAAUUAUGCACUAACUCAGCGAUUAAAGGAAGCAUUUUAUAAGGUUGAAAAAAGAUAUCCUGGUUUUAGUAAAGACUUUAUGAUUGGCCUACUACAACGGUUAGGAGUUGAUAACGAAAUGGAUGUGACUGAAACCUGCCUACGAAUUGCAGCUCUACAAGAAUGUGAUAACUCGAAAACCUCCAGAAAUCCUCGUGUCUCAGAGCUGGAACUUACAGCCAAAACACUUAAAACAAUUCUUAGCAGUAUACCAGAUGAAAUUACCGAUCGAAGAGCAUUUAUUGAAGUUAUCAAAGGUAUAGCAGAUGCUAUAAAGAUGUUACUAGCUGCUGUUGGCGCGUUUUAUGAUACUCUACCACCAGGAACACAAAAGAAAUGUCUUGAAGAUCAGAAAAGAAAAUUCAUUACCUACUGUCGUAAAUUUAGUGAUACAUUGAAACAAUAUUUCAGGAACAACGAUCAAACUGUAGUCUUCAGCAGUGCAAAUCUAUUGGUCAACCAAACCAAUCUAAUCCUAUUUGUAGUUCAUGAUGUCGAUUGAGUAAAGAGAAGGGAGUCAACAUCAUAAAUGUUUCGGAUUUUGCCUAUGGAAUAUGUUUCAUAGAUAUGUGAUUGCCUGUGUAUGCAAUACUAAUUUGUGCAUUCACGAUAACCCCACGCGCGUACACUUCAGCUGAUAUCACUUCUGUUGUUUGUUUUUUAUUACCAAUACUGGAGUGUUUUUUUUAUUAGCUAAUUUGUUUUUUCUAAAAUAUGCAACUAGUGUUGACGUUUUAUUUUGAAUCUUUUCUCUUGUUAUUAUUUUUUUUGUUUUCGUCACGUCCUCUUUGUAAAUCGAUAGUGCUAACUUUCUAUUAAAUAAUAGGAUAUAAACUGUUGUU